CUCUAGAAUCUGAACAGCGGGGCGCGUCUAAAACUAGGUCUCUGCAUGAGACCUAUUUUACGCUACUGAAGCUAGGGUGGCGUGAGAAAGAGCGAGGAGCAGGGGGCGGUCCGGGUUCGCCGCGGGAAGAGUUAAGAGGCGGAGUGCCUGGAGCGCGCACGCGCAGCGUAGGUCAAUGGCGGUCUGGAGAGACGCGAAAGUUAGCUUUGCAAUAUGGCGGCCGAGGCAGACGGACGACUUAAGCGGCUGCUGGUGCCCAUUCUUUUACCUGAGAAAUGCUACGACCAGCUUUUCGUCCAGUGGGACUUGCUUCACGUCCCCUGCCUCAAGAUUCUCCUCAGCAAAGGCCUGGGGUUGGGCAUUGUGGCUGGGUCACUUCUGGUAAAGCUGCCCCAGGUGUUUAAAAUCCUGGGAGCCAAGAGUGCUGAGGGGCUGAGUCUCCAGUCCAUAAUGCUGGAAUUAGUGGCAUUGACUGGUACCAUGGUCUACAGCAUCACCAACAAUUUCCCAUUCAGCUCUUGGGGAGAAGCCCUAUUCCUGAUGCUCCAGACGAUCACCAUCUGCUUCCUGGUCAUGCACUACAGAGAACAGACUGUGAAAGGUGUCGUUUUCCUAGCUUGCUACGCCCUGGUCCUGUUGGUGCUGCUCUCACCUCUGACGCCUUUGGCUGUAGUCACCCUGCUCCAGGCCUCCAAUGUGCCUGCUGUGGUGGUGGGGAGGGUGGGUACCAGGAACAAGGGAAAGGAUGCUGGGGGAGGGGGACAGGGUGGAGGGGCAGAAGGCCAAAGUAUGGGGGUAUUGGAUGGAGGGGAGUGGGGAAAUCAUCCAUGGGAGCACAGGAAAAAUUUUGAUAACAUAACCAAAGGUCUCAACUCCUCCCCCAGCUGCUCCAGGCAGCCACUAACUACCGCAGUGGGCACACAGGCCAGCUUUCAGCCAUCACAGUCUUUCUGCUGUUUGGAGGCUCCCUGGCCCGAAUCUUCACUUCUGUUCAGGAAACUGGAGACCCCCUCCUGGCUGGAACCUUUGUGGUCUCCUCCCUCUGCAAUGGCCUCAUCGCAGCCCAGCUCCUGUUCUACUGGAAUACAAAGCCUCCCCAUGAGCAGAAAAAGGCACAGUAGUACCCAGCCUGCUCCUGGAGUCAUUCAGUGUUUCCAUUCAGCCACCCAACUUCAAGGUCCACCCCAUCUGAGCCAGACUACUGGUGUGACUUAAUCACCCUCCAUUCCUCUGCAAUUGCAGCCUCUUGAGUCAGGGUUUCCUUUUAGUGGAAAUGGCUGGAUCCAGAUCCUUAAGAAAAAAGGAGAGGACAGAACUAGUCUUUCAAGCUGGCGUUUUGACGUUUGAGUGGUUUUCUAAGUCUUGUUCAUGUGCUGUUAAUCAGUUGGCUUAGACUCCUCCUUAGCUGCAGACUCCUCCUUAGCUGGUUUCCAGCUGUUUUUACACUAUUCUAGACAAAUGUCUUACCAGUCUUCCCACCUUAUGUCCCUUCUAGCCUUAGAGCACAGAGCCUGGGUAGUGGCAUGGAAAGAACUAGGGGCUGUGCUUCCCACCUCCGCAGCCUAGAUGAAACUGUCUCCUGGACCCCAAUGCUGGGGGAAUGAGGAUGAGAAUGACUCAAGCAGUGCCCCAGGGUGGGGUGAGGAGGUUCCUGCUCUGGCAGGCCUAGGCGGAAGGGAGUGGAGAUGGGGCUGGUUCCUGCUGCAGUGAAGGGGGAACAGUGAUGGGACAAUAAAGACUCAAGAGACUGGCUUAAUCGUACAAAACUGUUUAAUCCUACAAAAAAUAAAAAUGUGUUGCUCUCCCUGGUUUUCAUGGGAAUA